AUGGUUCGAACGUUUCGUGACCGCCCAUUCCCCGCUGUUUCGUUUCAGGUGAUGAAUCCACACGCGAUUGUCUCUGCGCUUAGAGCGGAGAGGAAGCUGAUUUCCUGGGAGGUCCUGCAUCCUGGACUGGUGUCCUUCUUGCACAACCACCGCGCGCUAUCUCCUCUUCCAUCUCGUCAUCCUGCCCGGGUUGGAACUCUGAAACCUAUCUCGGGAACGCAGAGGAUCUUAGCAUCUCCCGAUAUCCCAAUCACUGCCUUUUCAUGCUCCGGCCGCCCUAUAGGUUACUAUGCAGACCUUGAAACCAACUGUCAGGUGUACCACAUGUGCGGAGAGGGCCAAAGGCAGUACAGCUACAUGUGCCCCAACACCACUCUCUUCCACCAGAGGAUGCUCAUCUGCGCCCACUGGUACCAGGUCAACUGCAGCCGAUCCGAAAUGGACUACUCGGCCAACCUCCUCAUCGGCCAGAGGGAUAAGCCCUUCGUACCGGACUAUUUCACGGGUCUGGAGGAGGUGGGAGGAGAACCUCCGAACAGCGAGGAUCUCCAGCACAUCGGCUCCAGGCGUUCGGACAAGAUCUCUUCCAGCGACAGAGAGGACCUGCAUACCUCCAGCUCCGGCUCCUUCCUGCCCCCACGGAGGAACACGAUAGCGGAGUCUGCGACCAAGCCGACGGCGCCAACCUCUAGGCCGACCAACGUGUCCUUCAGGAGCACCAUCGAGACCCCCAGUUCGGACCCGGCUCUCGCCAGGACGCAGCCAAUGACCAGGGCGCCCCGGCCCACGCCGAGAACGAUUAUUCGUCCGAGGAGACCAUCUUUUAACCUGGAGCCUCCAGAAACAAACGUAGAGGAGACCAAUACUCUGGAGCUUCAUCUUCAGGACCCAAGGAGGGCUUUUUUCAUUCCUGAAAAGAGUUCAGAACUACCUGGGGCAGAUCCGAUAAUAGUGAGCAUCAAAGUCCACGGAGACUCGAGCUUCAGGAAGGCCGCUCCUGUUAGCAAUCAACUAGCCACUCGCUGUCAGAAAUGUCAUCCACUGUUCAUAAUUGACAAGAACAACUGUUCACCGUGCGUACUUGUCAGCUGAUCCCGUUCAAGACGGUAUCCAGCAAUCUCAAAGGCGUUUGUUUUGAUCCAUUAGUGGAUUUCUUCUUUGGAAAUUCUUUUAUGGAAGAUUUAUUUUUCUCCCUAUAAAUAUUUUUAAUUUAUUUAAUUGAUAAUUACAAACGGAGUGAACCUUUGCUACAGUAUUACUGAGAAUACACACAGAGGAUGGAGUUGGUUGAAAAUAGUAAACAUCCUCAUAUGUUGUAAAUAUUACAAUUACAAUGUGUUUACAUUGAUUUUUAAUUUAAUGGCAAUAUAACUUCAGCCUCAAAUAGCUCUCAAAAUAUUUAUAAUUUUUGAAUUGAGCUAAUGCUAACUCUCUUUUGUUUUUUAAUGAUUCAUUUAUAUUUAAAAGAGCAAAAUCUCAAAAAAGAGAACAAUUAUUUUCAGGAUAUUAUUGCAAGAUUUUGAUAAACAAGGCUUAAAGUAUCUCAAAUAAAUCAAUAUAAAUGAGCAAAAAAAAAAACAACUGAAUUAUUGACAGAAAAUACAUUUUAGGUUAUAAUUGGCAAAAUCUAACCACGCAAUCUUGUGUUUCUAAAAAGCAAGUAUAGAAAAAAAGUAGUUAUUUAGUUAUUCAGUGUUCAUCUAAUUCAUGUAUCAUCAUCAAGACAAAAUAAAAAACAAGAGUGUAAUGAUUUUUUUUUUUUUUUUUGUGCUGAUGAUGACCGAAUUGGCGAAACGUUAACAGAUUAUGUUGUUCUUAACUUACAUUUUGGAGACACUAGACUAUUAUAAAGAUUUUUGCAAUUCUGGCCUAAAAUCUCAAAGGCCAGUAAAAAAAUGGCCAGAAGAAGAUAAGAUCUGAUUAAUACAGAUAACACAUUCAACUUAAAGAUUAACUGAAUUAGUCUUAAUUAGAAUUAUUCAGUAUAGUAUUAUUAUACUAACUAAAAGCAUAAAAUUUUCACAUUAUUAGGUUGUUUCAUAUGAAAUGUCAGUUUUCAUAGCAAAGGGUUGUUUAGUAAAUCAACUUUUCAAUCCCAGAACUGAAAAAUUCAGAAUUUUGUGAAGAAUUAAUGCAGUUUUGACCUGAGAAUCAUUUUAAAAAAUUUUAUCUUCAAGGAAAUAGUCAAAUUUCUGAAAAGAUGGAAAUCUGUUGGAAAUAAGUCUGGCGAAUAAGGUGUAAGGACUUUGUAACACGGCUCGUUUAGUUUCUUCACUCUCUGUCGGGCACCAUGAGGUCUGGCGUUGUCGUGUAAGAGGAUAGGUAACUUCAGAUUAGCCAAUGUGAAUUGUUUUUUUGACAAGUUUCUUAUGCAUGUCGAUAUCAUUGCAGUAUGAUGUGAAUGCGAUGGUUUCAUCUAUGGGUAAAAAGAUGAAAUAAAUUAUUCCUGCCAUUGACCACCACACAGUAACCAAUAAUUUAUUAGGAUGCAUAUUUUUUUCAGACCAUCGGUGAAUGGUCCGUUUGUUAAAACAUCCUUUCCCGAUUUUCGUGGCAAUGUUUUUUGCACCUUGGACUACCAAGUGUUCAAGUUUAAACUCUUAAAAAAAUUACUCAAAAAUUGUGUGUUUCCAUGGUCAUAUUUCAUAGCACACUACAUAAUGUACAGUCAAGUGAAAUUACAGUUAACAUUAUCAAAAAUAAGAGGAAUGGCUCAUUAUAAUUUACUAAACGUAAACGUAGUAAACAACACAAGUCCACUAUAUCACACUUUGAAUUUCUGAAAUAAUAAAAAUGCAUAUUUCAUAUGGAAUGAUGCAAUAAAAAUUUGGAAUCCUCCAGAAAUUAAUAUUUGGUUCCUGAUUGAUUAAAACCUCAUUGUUAACAAUUUAACUUUGGAAAUCAUAUUAAAAAAAAGCAAUUAACACAAGAAGUUGGGAUUCGCCUAUGUUUAGAGGUGAUUGGUGCUUGUUUAAGAAAUAGAUUUAUUUCUGUAAUUUUGUAAGCACAUUAAAAAAUAUAAACCACAAUUUAAUUGUUGGAUAUUUCACUAAUAUUGUUUGUAUUUGAUUUAAUUGUUUUUAAAAAAAUAACUUUAUAAAAUAUUUACUUUAAAAAAUUGUUAGAAGGAAAGCUAUACAAUAAGGUAUUUUGUUAAAGUUAAAUAUAAUAAUUUUUAUUUAUUGUCUAAAUGUGGUUCUUUAUUUUGGCUCUGUAUAAAGUUUUAAUUUUUAAUAAUAUUUAAAAAAAAAAGAAACGAAAAGGUUCAACAACAAAAAAGAGAUUUUGUAUUUAAUGUAUUUGUAAUUAUUGGUAUUUUUUUUUUAAAUUAAAAAUGUUUCAAUACAGAUAGUGCUUCCAUGUAUUUAUUGAGAGUUCAUUGUCUAAAUAUGUUGUGAUAUUAAUGAGAUUAGAUAUUAGAAUUUGUUUUUUUUUUAUAUUGUAAAAAUAUAUAUAUACAUAUAGAAAUUAAUUAGAAUUUCUAAAAUGAUCAAAGUAGUUAAAUUAUUGUAUAAGUUUGUGUGUUUUUAGUUUGUUAUUUUAAAUAAACAUCAAAACUAUUUUAUGUUAUUUCAAAUGUAACUAGGAG